UGCAGACUGCUACUACAAACAUUUGUGAAAGACUGUGCAAUAAGUCCAUCUGUGAAAUUGCUAUUAAAUAUUCCAUGGUCAACUGUUAGUGGUAUUAUAACAAUGUGGAAGCAAAUGGGAACAACAGCAACUCAGACACGAAGUGGUAGGCCACAUAAAAUGAGAGAGCGGCGUCAGCACAUGCUGAAGCGCACAUUCUGCAGAAGUCGCUGACUGUCUGCAGAGUCAAUAGCUAAAGACCUCCAAACUUCAUGUGGCCUUCAGAUUAGCACAACAGUGCGGAGAGAGCUUCAUGGAAUGGGUUUCCAUGGCCGAACAGCUGCAUCCAAGCCUUACAUCACCAAGUGAAAUGCAAAGCAUCAGAUGCAGUGGUGUAAAGCGUGCCGCCACUGGACUCUAG